AUGGCAUUGUGCCAACAAGUUGCUGCACAACAAUACCGUAUCUAUAGAUCACGAUUCAGUGAUCCCGGUUCUUGGCGACGAGAUGAUCCGAAUCCGGGCAAAGUGGAACACAAAAAAUUGGAGCGUCGCGAUUUUUCCAAUCUAGUGUUCCUAUUGGGUGCUUCGUCCGGCAGAAAUCAGAAGACAGCGCGAAAUGUUCUAACAACGUAUGACGACGGGUAUACGGUUAUCACCGGAAAACCGCCAUUGGCGCCAUCGCGACUCAUUUCGACAACGUCGAAAAGACUUUGGAAUCGGGAAACUGUAGCUGAAGAUUCGGAUGAAUCAGAAUAUUCUGACGAGAGUACAGAAACUCCAGAAAGUGCCGAAGAACCGAAAAAACGAGAGACAUAUUUGGAGCCGAGUGGAUACUUGGGAGGAAAUGAAGGACGUAACCUAGAAAAUUGGCAAAAAGAGAAUGGUGUUCAUGGCGGUGUUUUUCCAGAUGGAUACGAUGGAUUAUCUGCAAUUCCAAGAACACUUGUCCACGAGAACUUUUCUCCAGUUCCGAUGAAAAGGAAUUCUCCUGGAAUUGAGCCAACCGAUUUGCAUUCACCGUUGAGCGGUGAUUUUUCGGCUGUCGAUGAAUUCUUGGAAAGAGGAAGUCGGCAUACUGAGCAUAAUCUAGGAAUUCCGACGACAACAACAACAACUACUACUACUUCUACUGAAGCCACUACCACAAAAAACCAACACUCUGAAGAGGCCAACGAGGAGAGCAAAGAAUUGGAUUCAAUCAAUUUCAAAAAGCCACGAUCAACGCAUUAUGCUCAACCACAGACUGUCGACAAUCAAGCUGACCAAUCUCUGAACACCAAGCUCUACUGUGUUCCUUGCGAGACUGCAAAUAAGCCAGCACCUCAACCGAUCAACAAAAAUCUUCCGGUCGUUGAACCUCUUCCUUCGAUUGAGCAACCUUACUCUCCGCCAAAGAUCACUAUCAGCACAGGUAGUCCUACAUACGAGAACAUUAAUCCUGAACCUGUGGCAACCGCUCCAACGGUUGAAGUUCCGCCAGCUCUUUCACCUUCUUCAGCACCUCCUCCUGCUUCUGCACCCUAUAUUCCACCAGUUCCUACUGUGGAUAUCUCACCAUCAAUUUCACCAGUUCCUCAGAUUCCCAAAGAGGGUCCUGGCCCAGAUCCGGCACCGUAUGGUUCACCGGACAAUUCGGAAUUCCCUCUAAGCCCACCUCCACCAUCGCCAAGUAUGGAAACCCAACCACCUGCUCCACCGACUGCUUCCAUUACUUCUGCACCAUAUGCCCCCGCGUCGGCACCUCCUUCCACACCAUCAUCACCAUCAUCUUCCGCAGAGCUCCCACUGCCACCGUCACCCCCGCCGACUCCUGCAGAAUUCUCAUCACAACCCCCUGCCGAGUACGGCUCGGAGAGAACAAUUAUGAUUACUCUACCGCCCCCACCAUCACCACUGGAUCCUUCUCCAACUCCAGACAUUCCUGCAGGAACUGAUUUAAAACCACCAGCAUCACCAAGUCCACCACCCAUUCCCGACUAUUCGCCCUCACCCGAUACUCCGGCUGCUGUCGAUGUGAGCCCACCAGCUCCUGAGCUCCCCGACCAAAUUGAAGGUAAACAGAGCACUGCACCACCUUCAGAAGCCUAUGCGAGUCCGAGUAUUUCACCAUAUGCCUAUAGCAUCACACCUCCUUCAGUUUCUAGUGCACCUAAUCAGAACGAAUCGCGCUCUUCCACCAACAUCGAUGGUUCAUCUUCAUUUCCUUCCGCACCAAGUUUACCUCUUCUAGAGCCAAUACCACCACCUGCAGACGUAUCCGUAGAUAUUCCUCUGGGCAAGAGCACUGUUAACAAUGCCAAUCCUGUGCAGUCCCCAUCGUCGGGUUAUCCAGACAUUGGAGUGUCAUCACAAAAACCCUUGAGUUCGGAUGUUGAAUCAGACGGUUUGAGUUCGCUUCCUAACGAUGUUUUGUCCAUGGCUUCUUCCAUAUUUAUGCCCCCAGCACCACCACCCGAUCCAGAAUAUAUAACUAAUCUCCCAAUGGGAAUCUCUGUUGAAACACAAAAGCCACCCACAACAUCACCAUCACCACCAUCGAUUGCACCUGCUUCUUUGGCUUCUCAAGAUAUGCUUUAUUCAGUUCCUUCCGCCACAACACCCAGUUCUGCUUACAGCCAGAUCACAGAAUCCGCUAGCUUAUCCACUUCAGUGGAUUCUAACCCAUCGCCUGCUACAUCAACUAGCGUUUCAUUUGAAACCAAGCCGACCACAGAAGCAAAAGCUAAUGUUACAGUUCAACCAGCUGUAGAGACACCGCAUGUUUACGAGCAUGUUGAGCCGGAACAUAAUCAACAUGAAUCAGAGGAGACUCCGUAUGAGCCCGAGAAUCCAGAUUCAAUUCCAUCAACAUAUGGCCCAUCUCCUCAGCCGACUGUUCAUCAAUAUGAAAUCACAAUGUCACCUCCUCCAGCUCCACCUCCGUACAAUCCUCAACCUGAGACAGCUCCACCACCUCCUGCAUCAGUCUCUUCAUCUCCUUACAACCCAGCACCUCAACCAUAUGCUCCGGAAACCCUUGCAGCAACACCGGCUCCUCCUCCUUCUCCUCCGCCGGCGUCACCGGCUCCUUAUAAUCCCGAACCUCAACCAUACGCCCCCAGCGUACCGGCCCCUCCACCUCCACCUCCAGCGCCUUAUAAUCCCGAAUCUCAACCUUAUUCACCAGAAUCUCCGCCGGCUACGAAUGCUCCAGUAUCUUCCCUUUCAUCACAAGCGUCUCCAGCUCCAUACAAUCCAGAGUCUCAACCAUAUGCUCCUGAAAAUCCCGCGAUGACUUCUGCUCCGAUUCCACCGCCAUCCCCAGCUCCAUACAAUCCAGAGACUCAACCAUAUGCUCCUGAAACUCCCGCGAUGACUUCUGCUCCGAUUCCAUCGCCAUCCUCAGCCCCAUACAAUCCUCCACCUCAACCAUAUGUACCAGAAACGACAGCAGCGCCGUAUCAACCGCCACUUCCGUCCCUUCCAAAAGAACAUACCUAUGGAGCGCAAGGUCCAGAACCGGUCCCAUUGCCAGUAAACCCUUCGCAAAGUGUUGCUGUGGUUCCUGAAUCUAACAUAAUCGAGAAUGCCGAAUCUAUCGAUUCGAAUUUAUCAUAUCGGGGACAAUCAACAUACAACAAUAUCGAAGAGGACCACACAGAAACUGCCGUUGUUGAAGAACCAAACAAUCCAGGCCCAUAUACGGCAGGAGCAACGUACAGCAACAUCGAAGAAGACUAUGAGCCGCCUGCUAAACCAGAAGCACCACCACCGCCUUCACAACCUUCUGGAGGGUCUUCUUACAGCGAUCUCGAUGAAGAUCAUAAUACUGAGAUAUUUGGUAGUAAGGAAGAGAUUGAAUCCCAUUCUCAUGAGGAAACUCCGAUCGAGGAGGAGCAUGAAAAUUUGGAAGAGGAUAUUAGAGGUGAGCCAACAAUUGAAAACACUGCUGCUCAACGACCUCAACCUAUUCGAAUUCAAGUUGAUCCUGCAACAAAACCUUAUAGACCAAGACCGACACCACGACCAUUUUAUCUUCGGCCUGCGCCAGCUCUUAACCUCCCAUACCAGGCUCCGCAGCAACCUCCCAUACCAGGCUCCGCAUACAUUCAAUCUCUCCCACCACCACCACCACCACCACCAAUACCUCCUCCGCAACCAUUCGGCGGAUAUCCACGACCAAGCCCGCAAGGAUGUUGUGGUGGGCAAUUAUUCAGUCAGCAAGGCGGACUUUGCAUGCCGAUCAACUUUAACCCUUGCCAACAACGACCAUCAUGUGGUGGAGGAUGUGGUGGAAACUCAUGUGGCUCAGGCUGCGGUGGUGGAUGUGGAGGAGGUUCACCAUGUGGUGGAGGAUGUGGUGGCGUAUCGUCAUGCGGUGGUUGUGGAGGCGGAUCAUCUUGCGGCGGCGGCGGUUGCAGUCCCUCGUGCUGUCCACCACAGACAUCGGCUUGUUGUAAUCAGAUGGUAUCAACGUGUUGCCAACCGCAGCAAAUGCCAUGUUGCAAUCAACAGAUUCAAACUUGCUGUCCUCCGCCAGUCCAGCAAUCAUGCUGUUGCCCGCAACCGCAAUCGAUAUGCCGCCACAAGCGAUCUCUCGGCUACGCGAUGGGGCUAUGCUCUCGAAGACGACUUUAA